GCUCAUAACCAAGGAAAAACACGUGGUCGAUCUUUUCCUUGGUGGCUCCAGAAAGUAGAACUCUUUUAGAGACACUGUGAGUAUAUAUAUAGCUUUGUGACCAGUUAGAAUUAUGCAGAACGAGGCAGGAGAUGUUGUGGAUGUCUACAUUCCAAGAAAAUGCUCCGCUAGUGGGAGGAUCAUAGGAGCCAGGGACUAUGCCUCUGUGCAGCUCAACAUUGCUGAUGUGGAUGAGAAGACUGGUCGAGUGUCUGGAACGUUCAAGACAUACGCUGUCAGUGGCUUCAUCAGAGCAAUGGGUGAGAGUGACGACUCUCUAAACAGACUUGGUGUUAAGGAUGGCAUUAUUGGAGGAGAACAAACACAGAACUAAAACUUUUCAAACCAAUUUGUAGCUGGAUAUUCAAUAUUUUGUGCUUCGAUAUUGUUUACCAGCAGAUAAUUAUAUUGUUGUUGAUUAGAA